CCGGCAAGCUUUACUUCGUCUUCGUGUUCCUAAUAUUGGUCGGUAUCAUCGUCGGCAUCGUGGUAGCGGUCUUAGGGUACGUCCUGCUCCAAUCGUCACUCAACUGGCCGACGGAGAAGUGGGAGUACGAAAGCUUGGCCAUCGUAUGCGACGCCAAGGAGUGUGCCAAUGUAGCCCUCCGAACAUUCGGUAAAGGGGGCACAAUGAUCGACGCCGCUGUGGCUGCGCUGCUGUGCAUGGGCGUCACCGCCCCGCAUCUGUCCGGCAUCGGCGGUGGAUUCCUCGCCAUCGUUUACAACCGAACUAGCGGACUCGUGUUUGGCGUGGACGCCCUUGGUAACUCGCCUGCCGCGACCAAGCCGGAUGAUUUUAAAAACUGGACACUCACAAAAAUAGGUUACAAAGCGCCCAUCAUUCCCGGAGCAGUGGCAGGCUACAAGCUGCUCCACGAUAACUUCGGCAAACUUCCUUGGGCGGAACUGUUCACCGAAGCCGUCAAACUCGCCGACAAUGGCUUCAUCGUCGGGCACCAUCUGGCUGAAGCUCUGAAGAGGAACCAGAAGGAUCUGAACUACGACGCAAAGGGACGGACCGCGUUCGUGAAUCCCGCGACUGGCGAACUCGUAGCCGCGGGGAACGAGCUUCAACUGCCGCACAUCGCAGAGGUUCUGCGACGAAUCGCGAGUGACCCCACUACGCUGUACACUGGACCACUUGGACAAGAGGUGGAGGCCGACUUCAAGAGAGAAGGUGGCUACGUAACAUUAUCGGAGCUCAAGGACUACAGGGCGCGCUUCGUGGAAGCGCUAAGAGCCGAGAUAGGCGAUAAUAAGGUCCUCUACACAGCUGCGUUCCCAGGCAGCGGAGCCAUCUUGGGGGCCAUACUGGAGAGGUUUAAAAUCACGUGA